AAUCACAACGGAAAAAACACAAUUUUGACUCCCUUUGAUUCUAUUUUUCAGAAAUCAGUUAAAAUCAGCACAACACCUAAAUAAUAAUUGUUUGACAUACUUGUAUUUCAAAAAGACCGCCGUAAAUUAAAUAUUUUUAAAAUUCGAUCCUUUCGCCAUCUAUACAGAAACGGCUGAAACUACUCAACAACUUACCGACUGGGUUUCCAAGACAGGGGAACACUAGCGCACCUAUCGGGAGAUCGCGGAAACUAGUCGGUAAGUUGUUGAGUAGUUUCAGCCACUUUUGUAUAGAUGGCGCUGGAAUCGAAUUUAAAAAAUAUUGCGGUCUUUUUGAAAUACAAGUAUGAGAUUCUUACAAGGGUGUUUGAAAUUCCUUGAGAACAAAGGCAUGUCCAGUCUUUUUGUAUUUGUAAUUACUGCCAGUAUUGAAACAUUAUGGCUUCGAAUUUCAAAUCAAUUAAUCUUCUGAUAAUUUCAUGUCGAUAUAGCGACACUAACAACCCUAGUGGCAACGCAGGUGUAAUAAAAUAAGAAAUUCAUCAAACGACGCAGGACUUUUAAAUUUUCUUGCUAAUUAGGUAAUAUUAAUUAUUUAUACAUAUAUUACAGUACGUUUGAUUUACUAUUACGGAUCGUUACUAAUUUUAUAUAGCCUAAUCUGUGACUGAUAAUGACACAGCUUGCAAUUAGUCAUUGUUUAAAAUCUUGUAUAGGUAUUGAUACACUUAAGUAAAUACUUCCAUACUUAUUGCGAAAACGAUGAAGACGUAUAUAGCAUAUAAGUCAUCUAAUUAAUACGGUAGUAACUAUGGUUACAUAGGAGUUAUCGAUGUCUUCUGAGGGAUAGGAAACAGAAAGCAAUGUGAUUUUCGAUUCAAAAUGGAUGAGUUUUUAACGGUGCUUGCAGAGAAGUAUAUAGAUGUUGGAGUCGGAAAGACAGCCACAGAAAACUUUUAUUCAAAAGGAAAAAUUUUCAUUGGAAAGAUCCAGUUAUUCUGUCAAAUGGUAAAAAAUAGUCCAAAACGAUAUUUGAUAGAACAAUCCCAGAAGACCGAGUUAUACCAUCUUACGGCAAACAUUGAUACUCUUACACUUCAAGUAAAACAAUGGACAAUUGCUCUUGAGGAAGAAAGAUUAGAUUUUUCUCGCUUCCAGAAAAAUGUUGAAGCAGACUGGAAAGUGGUGAAAUUAACAAAGAAAAAUAUAGAUGAAAAUUUAAAGGAAAAAUUAACAGCUAUCACUGCAGAAUAUUCGUCGAAGAUGUUAAGCAGAAAUUUGGAACACGAAACGCGAAAGAAGUUGCUACAAAUGGACGUAAAAUUGUUCGAGGAUCGUUUAAAACGUACCAGUAAUAUACGUUAUUCGAGAAGAAAUGAGUUAUACGACGCAUGUCUUAAAGCGAAAAAGGUAUGCUUCGAUCAACUGAAAAGGUACGAUAACAAUAUCGGAGUACUUCAUACUUGCAAAAGUACUCUUCUGAUCGAUGCAGAUGUUAUUGAGAAAGAAUAUUUUAUUGUUCAGAAUCAGCUGAUUCCUCAGCGUGCAUUGUACAGCCAGUUGAAAAAGGAAUGCGAAUUAAACGCGAGAGAAGCCCUUUUAAGGAAAGUUGAACAUUAUCGUCGAAAUCGCGCAGCUAAAAUCAUUCAACGAUAUUGGAGAUUUUACUAUAUACGCGUGUCUUGGAGGAAAAGAAAAGGCAGAAAAUAAUAGAUUCGAUUUAACUUUCACGCGGCUUUGCAAUUACUAUCUCAAAUAACAUUAGUAACAUGUUUAGCUCAGAGCAGUACGUUUUUUACCCGGAAAAUUCUUGUUAAGUAUUCAACUAUAUUGAUCUUCAGCUAUGUUUAGAAAACCCCUCUAACCCCUCUAUCUUACUCUCUCACUCUCUCUCUCUUUCUCUGUCACCACCCUCUCCGCGAUACUCUAAUCCUCACUCGAACUUCGUCACCUCUUCUUAACUCUUUCCUCUUCUCACCUAUGAUCAGACUACAUUGUGUAUUUCUUUGCGUAUCUAAUAGAGACCUGUUGAAAAGAAAAAGUCUAAACUUGUACAAAAAUCGGUAGUUUUAAAUGUAAUUCGACGAUUAUUCUUAACUACUUUUUUAUUUCCACUUCAUGGAACUGGAUCGAAGAAACUGAAAUUCUUUUCAAAUUUUUCUAACAUGAUCGCUAUUGGAAAGUGAAGAUAAAUAAUAAAAAGACCGAGAGAAGAGGAAAAAGGGGUAGAAAGUGAAAACACGAUACGCUGGACUGAUGUCGAGGACAGCAGAGAGUAAGCUUAGAAAGAGGGUGGUAAAUCAGACAACUGAGAAGCAGGGUUUAGUUCGGUUAAUAGUCGCGCGUAGGUCCGACGCAUGCUCCGAAAGAUUUUCCCGGGGUGAUAUUCAGUCGGGCAAAGGGAGCCACGAGCCAGCAGCCAAGGCUGGGAAACGUUCGAUCGUUACGAAGUGAAUCAGUUGGCUGGCCGGGCGUACCGCGAACACGACAAUUUGGAACAUGUACAAGUAUAUCGAUCGCUAUCCUUCCUACCUACGAAUACUGAUUGUUCGAUUUGUUAAGAGAACGCGCGGAUACGAAGGAGAUAACUGUUGAAAGCAAUACUCUACCUACUGUCCAGACGAAAUGA